ACGCGGGAAAACGAUGCAUUGAUCUCAGAGUCUCUCAGACCCACAGGGGCAUAUCGAUAUCGCAUUAGGGUUUCUCGGCACUUUACUUCCGGCCUAACACUAAUGGAUUUGAACGACGGCGACGAGGAUGAGUUUGGAUUCUCUAGGAACUAUUUUCUGGCAAAAGAAUUAGGCGGGUCCUCAAGGAAAUCGGCACGAAAGCUCUCUGAUAUCAACAUCGUUGAUGAACAGGAACUUAGGGCUGUGUCAGCCGGUAUUGUAACUAAACAUGAGAAUGAGAUAACAUCUUUGCUGAAAAGUUAUAAAAGCUUAUACUCCAAAUGGGUUUUUGAGCUAAGGUGCGGUUUUGGCCUUUUAAUGUAUGGGUUUGGUUCUAAGAAAGUCUUGCUUGAAGAUUUUGCUUCAACAGCAUUGACUGACAGUGGAGUAGUAGUGAUCAAUGGCUAUCUGCAGUCAAUCAAUAUUAAACAUGCUGUGAUCACCAUUGCUGAAGUUCUGAAAGAUCAACUGAAGACCAAACGAAGGACUCCUACAGGGAACAUUUCUAAGGUUCAGCAACCUUUUAGCUCGCAAUCUAUGGAUGAUCUUCUUACAUUUUUGGAUGGAUCAGAUAUAGAUGACAACAACUGCUUUGUCUGUCUUAUCAUCCACAACAUUGAUGGACCUGGAUUGCGUGAUUGUGAAUCACAACAUUGUCUUGCGCGAAUUGCAUCAUGUCGUCAUGUUCGCAUGGUUGCAUCUAUUGAUAAUGUAAAUGCACCUCUAUUGUGGAACAAGAAGAUGAUUCACACACAGUUCAGCUGGUGCUGGUAUCAUGUCCCUACUUUUGCACCUUACAAGGUUGAAGGGAUCUUUUUCCCUCUGAUUCUUGCCAGUGGUGGGACUGCUCAAAGUGCCAAAACUGCUUCAAUAGUUCUUCAGAGCCUGACACCAAAUGCACAGAGUGUGUUCAGAGUUCUUGGUGAACAUCAACUGGCCCAUGCUGAAGAUGAGGGAAUGCCAGUCAGCAGUUUGUACACAAUCUGUCGGGAACGCUUUCUAGUAAGUAGCCAGAUGACACUGAAUUCUCAUUUGACAGAAUUCAAAGAUCAUGAGUUGGUGAAAACCAGAAGGAAUGCUGAUGGCCAGGACUGCCUCUACAUACCUAUUGCACCUGAAGUGCUUGAAAAACUGUUACAAGAGAUUGGUUGAUAGUUAUUGCUAUUGGUCUCAUUAGAUCCAACAACUUGUCACCAUGUUCCUUGUCUUGCUCUUACACAAAAGUUUUGCUGGAUUUAUUCUCAAGUGGGAAAGAAGUGUGCUGCUCAUCUGUUAAAAUGCAGGAACCGUUUACCUUUGCUCAAUAAAUAGUGUGAAAAAGACUAGAGACUCCAAUUGUGAUUACUGAUAAGAGGAAGAGGCAAUCACAUCUGCUGUGCUCAUCCCUCAAUUAAACACAAACACGCUAGUAGUAUCAGGGGCAACCAUGAGAUGAGCCAAAUCUAAGUGGAAAAUGCCUACAAAGAGAAAUCAAUUGUCAUUGGAUGAUCCAAUUAUCUGUGUUGUUUGUGGUCUAAUUCUCUUUUUAAUAUCAAUAUGUUUUGGAUAAGGGGAUACUGUUUGCAGCCAUAGUCUUCAGUAUAAUGUAUUUAUGCUCAAUGUGGUCCAACAUGAAUCAGUUUUUGAACA